AUGCAGAGCGUUGCAAAUUAUCCCAUGGAUAUGAGUACCGCUCAUUGGAGACCUCAGCCCAGGGAAGAGAGGCUUAGGAUACCAGGGCAACCACAACAGCGUCAAAUGAAGACAAAGUCUCAGCCUAACCUUAGAGCCAUGGCUCGUCGUCCCAUGCCUGGCACUGGUUACCAAGCAGAGAACCACAACGCAUACAGGACUCCAAGAGUGGUUGCUCCUCCUCUUCCAAACACAACUCAUCGUCGCAAGCAUGAAGCCAUGUUUAUCGAAGAGCCUCCAUUUGAACGACCUUUCUCUCCCGAGUCUGACUCGGAGGAACACAUGAUCUUGGACUACUAUCUUCAAGCAUCAUACCACUCUCCUCUCUCCAGAGUUGUCUCGGCAGAGGAGCCUUACACUCAAGAUGGAGCCAUGGCCCAAUUUGACUUUGGCCUCGAGCAACCAUCAGAACCAGCCUACACACGCUCUCAGCCUUCGGUCGAACGACCAAGAACAGCACAUGGAACCAAGAAUGCUCUUUCAUCAUCCAAGAGAUCAUCAAUCCCCAGACCAUCUCCUCCUUCGCCUCAAAGACAAACGCCAUCGUCACCUCAAAGACAAUCUCCUCCCAUGCCUCAGAGACAGUCUUACACUCUCUUCCCCAAAGAACAGCCUCAACCAUCGACUCCACGCAUCAGCAUCAUCAGCGACAACGGCAGCACCGUCUCCUCUCGCCAAAGCCUCAUCAGUCAACCUCGCCCCCGCACUUCUUCCCUAGCAUCCUCAGAGCGUUCGCGCUCAGACUCAUGCAUGUCUGUCCGCCUCCAACCCUCUGCCAUGCCCUCUUCCCCCUCUUCAUCCCCCAAGCGUCCCCAGACCUCUCCUCGCAUGCGCACUCCCAGUGCAUCUUCCGUCCAGCAAACCAGUGUUUCGGACAAACCUCCAUCACGCUGGUCAGGAGACACAGUAGACAUGACCCUCGAGUCCCCCAAAUCAGGCAGAAACGCCGUAGACAGAAGCAGAGAUUCUUCUUCGUCGACCUUGGUGGCCACCAGCCCUGCAUGGCCCACGGGGAGUUUCUUCGAGGAUGACGACGAGGACAAGUUGCCGCUGAGACGCAAGGUGGCGCAGAAGUUGAGGAGCUCGCGUUCGAGCAAUGCGUUGAGGUCGGCGAGCAAUCCUACUACCACUGGCGCCAAUGUCGAGCAAACCCACAAGAAGUCUCCUUCGUGGGCCAGGCGGUUGGUUACCUGGCAUCGUGCCUAA